GCCUUGAACUCCUUACGAUUCGCACCCCCGCUAUCGGCAUCCCGCUGACGUGCGCAACUCUAAAUGUUCAACAGCACACCAUCCGUAACUUUUGAUACCGCGGACUGCUAAGGACAUUCGUGCUCAGUAUACUGUAGUCCAAGCACUGGGAGUGUAUAUCCAGCGUCCUCCUCAUCGACCCUUUCUUCUCCGUCCGAACCAAUCCAGACACCAUCUCGCACUCACAAUGGGCGGAGGACCAAUCCAAGACCAACUCCUCAUCAUCUUCCCCUUCGCCAACCCCCCAGAGGCCGCAAUAACGCACCUCCGCCACAAAUUUCCCCAAAUCGACAUCGUCACCCACAUCGUCCCCUACACGCGCGAUGCCGCGCUGCUCGCCUCCAACCUGCCCCCCAACGUCUACAAGGACGCCACAAUGCUGUGCACCGUGCACGCCUUCCCGCAGGCCCUCGCCGACGCGCCGAAAUUGUCCUUCGUGCAGCUGCUGAGCGCGGGGAGCAAUCAGAUUCAGCCGAACCCGAUUUACACCGAUAGCGAGAUUCCCAUUGCUACGACGACGGGGAUUCAUGGGCCGCAGAUUGCCGAGUGGGUGGUGAUGACGGGGUUGGUGUUUAGCCAUGGGUAUAGGAAGUACUAUGAGGAUCAGAAGAGGCACGAGUGGGCGAAGAACAGCUUUAGUGCUGAGGUGCGGGAUCGCGUGGGUUUGCGGUUGGGAGUGUUGGGGUAUGGGAGUAUCGGGCGGCAGGUGGGGAGGGUGGCGAAGGCUAUGGGGAUGCAGGUGCUGGCGUACACGGCUAGCGAGAAGAGUACGCCGGCUAAGAGACGGGACCCGGGGUUUGUUGUACCAGGCACGGGGGAUGAGGAGGGCGUCAUUCCGGAUGAGUGGUUCUCUGGCCUGGACAAGAAGAGUUUGCAUCGAUUUCUGAAGCAGGGGAUUGAUUGGUUGGUCGUGGCUGUUCCUUUGACCAAGGAGACGACGCACUUCUUGUCGACGGAGGAGUUCCGCGUUAUGGCGGAGGGGCUGUCGGGCAAGGACAAGGAGGGGAGGAAGCCGUUUGUGACGAAUAUUGCGCGAGGGCCGAUUAUCGAUCAGCCGGCUUUGAUUGACGCGUUGAAAGACGGGACGCUGGGUGGUGCGGCGCUGGAUGUCACCGAUCCUGAACCGUUGCCUAGCGAUAGCGAGUUGUGGGGCUUGGAGAAUGUGAUCAUCACGCCGCAUGUCGCUGGGAGUACGACGGAGUACAUCACGCGGGCGUUGCAGGUGCUGGAGACGAAUCUGGAGCGGCGGGACAAGGGCGAGCCGAUGCUCAAUCUUGUUCGGAGAGACCGGGGGUAUUAGUCUCCUUUCACAGACCAUGCCUAGACAAACGAUAGAUCGAUU